AUGGCAAAUCAGUCCUCCGUGCCCACUGCCCGAUCUCUCUGGCAAGAUGUGGAAAAGGAUACUCUCACCCUCAUACAGCGCCCUAUUCCAGUGGUCAAACCGAAUUCCGAGGAGCACCUUAUACGCGUCCACGCAACCGCUUUGUGCGCCAGAGAGCUUCUUUGGCCCAAAUUAUUCCCAGUUCCCGGAAAGACAGAGAUUAUUCCUGGUUACGAUCUUGCUGGAACAGUCGUAAUUGCACCAGAGUCUUCCCCCUUCGAAGUUGGGGAUCAAGUGUAUGCUCGCACCAAUUACGAGCGACCGGGUUGUGCCCGCGAUUAUACCAUUGCGGUGACCUCGGAGAUUGCGCACCGGCCAACCAAUCUAUCCUGGGCCGAGUCAGCAACAAUCCCAUUGUCCGCAUUGACCGCUUGGCAAGCAUUGUUUGUUCAGGGCGGGCUAGGUGGGCCUGAAAAUGCGGCAAAUAAAUAUAAGAAGGUCUUCAUUACCGCUGCAUCUGGCGGAGUUGGAUCGUGGGUUGUCCAGCUCGCCAGGAUUGCAGGGCUUCGUGUCUGUGCAUCGUGUGGAAGUGAGAAUGUAGAAUUCGUCCGUGGCCUGGGGGCGGAUGAAGUGGUUGAUUACAGGACGACAACAUUGACUGAUUGGGCUGCUGCUGACGACAAGAGAAAGGCUGACUUGAUAAUUGAUUGCUUCGGCAAUGAGACGUUGAAGGACGCCUGGGGUUGUGUGAAAGAUGGGGGUACGCUGAUCAGCAUCGUGCAACCACCCGAGGAGAAGAAACCAGCUAAUUGCACGGCGAAAAAUGUCAGGAAUUUCUUCUUUAUUAUGGAACCGAACGGGACGCAGCUUGCUAAAAUUACCGAUUUGGUAUUGCAAGGGAAGUGCCAUGGAGUCCUCGAUAGUACAUUUGAGCUAGAGGAGUUCGAAAAGGCAUUCGCUAAGGUUGAUACUAGACGAGCGAAGGGUAAAGUUGUUUUAAGUGUACAUGAGUGA